AUGCUUGAAUAUGAUCCUAAAAGGCGUAUAACAGCAGCACAAGUUUUGGAGCAUGAGUAUUUCAAAAUGGAACCACAGCCUGGGCGGAAUGCACUUGUACCAUGCCAACCUGGAGAGCCAUUUGUGAAUUAUCCCACACGUUCAGUGGACACAACAACCUCCCUUAAAGUCAGCACUUUCGAAGAAGGAAACUUAGUCCGACCAAAAUGGACCGGAGAAACUCCUCUCUCUCGCUUGGUUCGAGCUCUCAUCUCUUUCAAACCCGUAUGUUCUAUACUCAAGCUUGGUGCUAGACAGGUUUUAAUAAGUACAGCUGAGAAAAAUAACAUACCUUGGAGGGAAAUGACAAAAGAGAUUUUGGAGUCAGAUGUUUAUAAGGAGCUGGACAGCAUUCAAAACGAGUCUUUACUGUAUCCAGAUUAUUAUUUGAAUCCAUUCCAUGCUUAUGAUGAGGGGAAUCUUACAUGGAUGGCAGCAGCAGAAGCAGAAGCUGCUAUUAAGUCAAUGGUAAGACGAGCGAUUCCUACCGCUUCUUCAGUAGAUGAAGCGACUCAAAUCAUACGCGGAAACUGGCUUAAUGCAAUUGAACAACACCAUCGACAGCCACAUACCAACUUCCUAUUCAUCCAACCUCCUCCUUCUCUAGCUCGCGAUUUCACCGCCUCCUCUUCCGUUUCACCUUCAUCAACAUCAACCGUCAUCCACCCCUUUCCGGUCACCACCCUCCACAAGUUGGAUGUAACACUCUCCUCUGUAAACCAACCAGAAACACCUCUCAGCCAAGAAAAACAAAAGGAGAAGGAUGGAAGAUCUUCAGUUGCUCUCCCCCAGUGGAAUGAUAGUCCUGUAAAGCUAGCCAGAAGGCAAUUAAUAGGGAAAAGGACGGUCGAGCGUGCUGCUGAGUUGGUAAAACAGGAUGAUGAAGUUAUUGUAAAACUUGAAGAUUUUGCUAUUGAGCGUUCAAAAGCAGUUGAUUCAGCAGUUCUAGGUAAAUACAACAUUUGGAGGAAAGAAAAUGAAAAUGAGAAUGAUUCUACCGUUCGGUUGAUGCGAGAUCAGAUCAUUAUGGCUAGGGUAUACUUGAGUAUUGCGAAGAUGAAAAACGAGUUUGACUUGUACCAAGAGCUGCAAACACGGCUUAAAGAGAGUCAGCGUGUUUUAGGUGAGGCAAAACUUCUGAUGCUGAUCUAUACCAGAGUGAACAUGAAAAAAUGA